AUGUGGAUGACGGGAACGAUAAGAAUAGAGGUGACGAAGGCGAAGCUGGCCCGCGGCGACUCCGAGUACAGGCUCCGCGUGGAGGACGUGGCUCACCUGACGCACCUGGACGAGACGAGCAACACCUACGUGAACACGACCGACCUGCAGAAGCUGGUGUCGUCGGUGCGGGCCAAGAAGAAGGCCGAGGAGAAGCUGCCUCUGCCGCCGCGCUCGCAGCAGCAGGCGCCGCCCCUGGUGAGGAAGCCGACGUCGCCCUCCGUCAGCGCCCGCUCCUCGUCGUCUUCCGCGGGCCAGGCGGACAACGACGCCUUCAGGGGCGACGUGGACGUGGUGACCCUGAGGCCGCCGAUGCCGCUGCCGCACCCCAAGCCGGACAUCCUGCAGGGCGUCCUCCCGCCUCGGACGGGCGUCCACGGGUCGGAGCCUGUGUCCGAGAUCAUCUACUCGAACGUCCAGCCGCCCUCACAGCCGACGCCGCAGUCGCCCGUCGCGAAGGGCGCCCGGAUCGAGCCGCCGAAGAUAGCGCCUCCUCCUCCCCCGGCGAAGAAGCCGAAGCGGGAGGCGGCCGUCACCGUCUCCCCGGUGGUGGUGCCGGUGGGUGAGCCGGAGGAGGACGCCCCGGUGUCCCCCACGGUGAUCGCCCGCCCGGCGCCGCCCCCGCCCGUGGCCAAGCCAAUGGCGCCCGCGGGUUCUUCGCCCGCCAACACCACAGACCGAAACGCCGCCCAGAAGCCGACGCCUCCCGUGGCGCCCAAGCCUCAGAAGGCCGUCUUCUCGGACGCCCCGACGCCCACGAAGACGCCGCCGCCCAAACCCGCCCUCCCGAAGGCCGCAAAGCCCGGCGUGCUGAGCAAAGGGCGCGGCCUCCCCCCCCUGAAGAUGGCGCUGCUCCACUCAGACAGCAGGAGCUCCAUCGACAGCUGCGCCACGCCCGACACCAGCGUGCUGGAGCUCACGCCCGACAUGGACGAAGGGCGGGGGUCGGCGUCUAUCAGCGCCAAGAUCGCCUUCCUGGAGGGGAAGAUGAAGUCCCCAGCGACGGCCCCCAGAGGAAUGCCUUCCAAGACCUGAGGACCCCCUCUGUGACCCCCUCCUUUGCGACCAAGACACAAAUCAGUAUUAAGCAUGGCUGUUGAGCGGGUACUACGUUUAGGAAAGGCUCUCAUGCGUCGCCGAAGAGCUCAGGCAGUGAGGGGCCUCGUUGGAAGAGCGUCGACUUCCGAGGGAGUGAGGAGAGCGCAUCCCCUGACGUCACGUCCCGUCCCCUUGGA